UCUCAUAAUGGAACGUGUGGGUAUGAGUAAGCAGUACAGUCACUUGAAAAACAUGACCUAGUGAUUUUAACACUCCAUUCAUUCACUCUCGUUGAGGAUGCGAGAGACGUCGUAACCACCUGUUGAUUAUUAUUCCAUCAAAACAAUAAUGUCUCAUUUGCUCAAAAAUUUGACCAACAGCAUUUGGCAUGCAUUCUACGCACUCCAAGGACACACACCCAAUAUUGUUGCUAAAUCGAAACUCAAGGUCUUGACUGCGAAUAUCGGAACAUUGAUGGACUUGUAUGGAGUUGAGAAAGGACUUGAACAUUACAGGAGCACUUCUACUCUCACUUUUGAGCAGUUUAUUUACUAUUUGCAGAAAGAGCUAUUUUCUUCAUUGACUGAUUCGACGCCAAUAGAAUCUUGUAGAGUCCUGGAGGAGGGAGUCAACGAAAUCUGCUGGUUGUUAUGCCGGAAGCUCUUCCUCGAGAGAUCCCACGGUGUUUUCGACGAUCAAAGUGUCUACAAAUUAUUCCGAAUUUUUUGUUUACUGGCAGAAAUGGAGACCGACUCUACAGACACAGCAUUUUUAGUGACAAUGCAUAGCGAGGAAGUGGCAUACGUUGCAUCGCAGCUUGUCACAUCGCUGGGUUUGAAGUGGGAUCCAGUGGAUUUUUCAGCAUUGUCAGCAGCCAUUGGUAGCUACAGAUUUCCAACAUUUCUAGCAGUUCUAGAAUCUAAAUACUCAGGUGGAGGAACAGUAGACGAUGUGGCACUGAUCGAAUCCAUCGAGGAUCUCUACAGUGUUUACGUCGAGGACGUUAUAAAGAAGGGUUACUUGAUGAAGAAGGGCUUCCUCCUGCCGACCCUGAAGUGUUUCUACUUUACCCUGCGCCCAGGUGAGCUGUCAUACUACAAGGAUUCCCAGCAGAAGGAGCCAUCAGGAGUUAUUUCCCUGAACAUAAACUGCUGGGCUGACACAUCACCCUCUGGAGGAAAGCCCGAUCGUCGUUUCAUCCUUUCCACUCCUGAACACCGGUGCAUCGAGCUCGUCGCUGAGGAUCACAAGGGUCGCCUCCAGUGGUUGACAGCAUUGCAGACAGCUAUUCGUUACUCAGGUGAAAAAAUAAGUUAUCAGAGGACUCUGGCAAAUCAGCGGAGAUCCCUGAGGCUCUCCAGCAAGCAGUACAGGGAGGAGACACGACAAGAGCUCAAUCACGAGAGGGAAGCGAGAAUAGCAGCUGAGGUGCAGGCACGAAAAUUGGAGAGCAUCACUCGCGGGGAAUUGGCGAAGGUCCAGGAGCUGGAGGAUGCCAAGAAGAAAUUGGAAUUUUUACUCCAAGAGGAGACCCAGGCACUCAGGGAUGAGGAGAUCGUCAGGGGACUCCAGGCACGAGUUCUCGCUGAGGAGUGGGAGAGGCGGGAGGAGCUCGAGAGACUCCAGCAGGAACAGCUGGAGUUGUUGGAGAGUGAGAAGAUGAAGAGGAGAGAGUUCGAGGUGAAGCAGAUGGAGAACGAACGACAACUCAGAGACGCUGAGUCAAGGCUCAAGCAAUUGGAAUCCGAGAGACAAAGUCUGGAUAUGGAAUUGAAUGCAGCACGCGAGAAGGUGAAACGGACUGAGGAGGCGCAAUUUCUUCUUGAGGCAAAAUUUGUCAUGAUGAGACCGAUGAGAAAUGGAGAAAGAGUGCGACGUACCCAGAGUUUUGUACCCAUGAGUCGGGAAAGGCCGCUUAUCACUGAGAGAUUUGAAAAUGAUAAGAAACAUUCGUAAAAAUCGACGCCUCAUGAAUAUUUAAUCAGGGAUAUUUAAUCGGCGCGGGUUCGCCUGGGGUAUUACGAAAUUUUCUCUCAAUAUUUUUUUCGUUUGAAAUUCUGAGGAUCUCAAUGAGUUCUUAAUAAUUUUUUUAACAUGAAAAAUAAUUUUUCUGUGUCAAGCUGCUAAAUUCGAGAGCUUCGUAAUAUUCUUUGUGAUUUGAACGACGAAAUGAUGGACUAGUCGUAAUUAUUGUCAGGAUGGAAGAAUCUCUCUCUUGAAAAUUUUCACUCGAUUUUCGAUAUUGUGGGUCUAUUUUUUAAUAAACGUGGCAAUUUCCUUAGGAAUUAAUUAAUUAUUAAGUCAAUGCAAUUUUUUGAGGCAGGGUAUCCAGUGGAAAGGGUAACAUUACGCUGAUUUUUCAGUAAGAGAACUAGACUAACCGAGACUAAAAAGCAAAGCCAAUAUUUUUUGUAUUAAAUAAUUGUACACGUGUUUAUACCAAAUAAAAUAAUGAAGCUGUAAGUUGGAAAA